GCACGUUUCAGAAAUUAUCCACGGUUCGUCACGUGAUCAAAACAUUACAUUAGCUAGCUACUGUAACAUUGGCUGAACGAUCUUCCUUCCAUGCUGUAUUUGACUAUAAAUAUCCUAAACCUGCAAAUACUGGAGCAUGCCACAGAAAGAUCCGUGUCAAAAACAAGCGUGUGCAAUUCAAAAGUGUUUACAAGCUAACAAAUACGUGGAGAGCAUGUGUGCGGACGUGAUCGCGGUGAUGCGGCGAUGCUGUGAGACGCAUGCGGCCAACUCGAUCUGCUGUUCGGGGUUCAGGGACUCGGAAACCACCAUCAACGAAAAGAAUACAAGAGAAACAUUCUGUUCUUAGAAAUGACUCCUUAGAAGUGCUUCAAUACUGUAUUACGCUGUAUGUAAUGUGAAUAUAAACAAUAAACAAUGGACUGGAUUA